AUGGCGUUCCUUCCAAAGAAGGAAGAAGAGCAGGACCAAGUGCUUCCGUCAGAUGAGUGCACUAGAUUAGUCGUGGUAGACGGCAGUCGGGUCAUUACGCACUAUGUCUACAAGAGUCAGCUCUGCAAGAAAGCCCCCGUGUUUAUUCAACUUGCCGAGAUGCCGGCCGUCAAGUUCCACGGAUGGCGCCUCGAGACUGUGCAGAGCUUUGUCACCUGGUUGGAGACUGGCGCUAUUGAGGUCAGAGGCCUGACCAACGGCCGCAUUGAUGUCGAGGAGGCGCUCAAGUUCGAUUUGUGCGCCAAUAUCCCAAAGUAUAACAUGGGAGCUGAAGGUCAAGAUUCAGAUGGUGCCCCUGCCGACAUCGCUCCGUGGUAUACCAUGUUCUCAGGGGACCCAAUAGCUCACACUCUGGGUCGGGUCUUGGAUCUCUACAUCUUCGCCCUCCAGGGAAACAUCACGACCCUCAUCAAUGCUUGCGUGCUUGCCUGGCAGCGCCUUCUGUGCGCACCACACAAUGUCGUGUUGUACUCACCACUCAUCAACGCAGUCCUCCGACGCGCCAAGUGGGAUGGCCCUCUAAACAGGUUCCUGAUUGACUGGACCGCGUUCAUCAUGCACGACGGUGAAUGGGAACAGGCCAAACUCGUCUCGCUCCCCGGAGUGGCCAUUGCCGAGAUCUUGCGUCGUGUCCUCCAACGCGCCAACUACGGUGUCAACACCCCGCAUGGUCUUCCUGAUCCAAAUUUGGAUUGGUGCCGUUACCAUGACCACUCUGAGAUUAAGGAUCGACUGCUUUGCAUGGCCUCACGUACGGAAGAUUGGGACAUACGACAAGGCACCCGUGGUAGCGAUCCCACGCGCACGUCAGAGUCUCUGGAAUCCAAGACUCCUAAUUCCCUGCUAUCUGACGGUGUAUCUAUGAUUCAGCCUAAGAUGGAAGAUACGCAGUAG